UCCCGCCGCCUUUACCUCCGCCGCACCGCAUCCUAGGCUCUUGUUACUGGCCAGUGCCGGUACCAAUGCUUGUGUCGGAUGCCGACCCGGACCCGGACCCGGUUGUCAAAGCUACUCCGCUUCCCGUGUCUGAUCCUUAGCGGGGCAAGCGUGCGAUGUCUUUGUUUCUAUCUAAUGCAGCAGACGCUGGAAUCCCGCACCGGCGUCACGUUGACUGUUGGGCACACGCAGCCCCGCGUGCCUGGCCGACGCAGAGCAAGCCAGCAAGCUUCGCCGACGGACAGUCCCGCGCCGCAGCGUGCUGCGUGCAGCAUGCUGCACGCUGCACGCUGCACCUCGCUGCUAUGGCGCGGAACAAUCUUGCAGAUCUAGGAAGGUCCCCCGGAUUUGCCCCCCGCCAGCUGUGCACCAAAGCUUAUGCAAGAUCGCCGCUUCCGGCCUCCGGGGGCGGCGCGCCGGUCCGGCGUUGCUCGUUUCUAGCAAUUCGGUUUUCAGUGUCCGGCGACGGCAGGGCCGCGUAUUUUUGACGUCUUGGGGAGGGCCGAGGGGUGGAUGCAGGCGGCAUAGGGUGGCAUGGCAUAGCAUAGCAUGGUCGUGGACCGGCCGGGAAGUUAACAAGUACAAAAGAUUAGCCCUAUUAUUGUAUAAAAACUAGGUAAAGAGGGCCAAAGGGGGAGAAAAAGGAGUUGAGGGUCGAGAAGAAGCAACUGGUCGCGGCCGAGAAGACACAGUG